AUGAACAGCUAUCCCAUCCUCUGUAUAAUCUUUGUGACAUUUGGGUCUUUCUUCUAUGGCUACGAUUCUGGCUGCACCACGUCGAUCUUUGGCUAUCCCUCAUUCCUAGAAUACUUCGACCUUGAUGUCAACAAGAUCGGAGGCUUUGGAUCCGCAUACUAUGGCGGCAGCGUCAUCGGGAGCGUCGUCAAUUUCUGGUUGCCCGACAAGUAUGGGCGCAUCUUCACCGUGCAGGCUUCUUGUGUCAUCUGCAUUUUAGGUGUCAGUAUGCAAACAGGCGCCCAAGGAUUUGCGACUUUGCUGGUCGGACGCAUCAUCGGCGGGAUCGCUUGUGGAAUGGUCUUCAGUGUCUGUCCGUCUUUUGCCAGUGAAAUCAGCAGCCCGAACAUCCGUGGUCGCAUUGCGGCCAUUUACUCUGUCAAUUGCCAGGUCGCGUAUGCUCUGACCGAGUGGAUGGGUCUGGGGUUUUCUUAUCUCUCAGGCAAUGUCUCAUGGCGCGUGCUGCUUGGCCUGCAACUGGUCCCUGCCGUGCUCAUGCUUGCGGGCUCGUUCUGGAUGCCAGAAUCCCCGCGGUGGUUGAUUUUGAAAGGCAGACAGGAAGAAGCCUUGAAGGUCCUCCAUCGCAUGCAUAGAAGCGUCAACGGGGAUGAGGACUUCUACCUCAAAGAGUUCCAUCAGAUUCGAGCUCAGCUCGAGCUCGAGGGCAAACAGUCCAUGGGCAUGGCGGCCAUCUUCAAAGACCGCCGACUCUGGAGACGUGCAUCGAUGCCCAUCAUCUUCUACGCAUUCGUCAUGUUCACCGGGGUCAUCCCGCUUCAGAACUACCAAGUGUUUGUCUAUGGGUCCUUGGGCAUCGGCAACAAGGUAUCCUUGGUGCUCACCGGGGUCUGGGGAACCACGGCGUGCAUUUCCAACUCAAUCGGUCUCUUCUUCAUGGACAAGAUCCGCCGGAGGACGGCUUUCUUCACAUCCAUGUCCAUCAUCACGACUGGCUCCUUGCUCCUCGUCGCCUUCUGGGCAACAUACGAGAAGACGAACUCCACCGAUAAGGUGUUUGGCAGACUGAGCAUCUUCUCCAUGUUCAUGUUCGAAGUCGGCUUCACGCUUUUCUUGAAUACCUUUGGCUUCCUGUACUUCCCCGAGAUUCUGCCAUUGAAGAUUCGAGCUACCGGUGUCUCGGCUGGUUUGGGCGCGUUCAAUGCCAUCACAAUCAUGCUGGUGCAAGUGACUCCAUUGGCCCUCGAGGCAAUCAGCUGGAAGUUCUUCAUGAUAUUUGUCAUCAUGGACGCUGUUUUCAUCACGUAUUUCUACUUCCUCUUUCCCGAGACUUCUGGCAAAACUUUGGAGGAAAUUGCUGGCGUGUUUGGAGACACGGUUGCCGAAACCAUCGAGGAUGCUGGGCAGCAUCUGGAUGAGCUUCAGGAUAUUGUAACCAAGGAAGCUCCUGAAGCGGCGGAGCAUGGCAUGGUCAAGACCGCCAAUGCCAGACAUGUCGAAAACGCCGUUGAGAUUGGGAGAGAAAAAUAG